AAAGAGAGUCAGAGUUCGUUAUAGUUUUACACUGAUUUAUUUUCCCUUCCCAACACGUGUAUAAUAACUACACGCUAGGGAGAGAGAGAGAGAGAAACAAUCAGAGCCGGACCGAUCAUGGCAGCUCCCGGUGGGAAUGACUACCUCGGUGUAUUGGAGCUAGAGAGCGGUCCAGAUCCAUUUACGAGACAAUCGAAUGCAGAGUCCUUGAACGACGAAGAUGAGCUCGUUUGGGCGGCGCUUGAGAGGUUGCCGACGAAGAAACGGACGAAUUUCGCAUUACUACGACGUAGUGCGUCGGAGGCAGUUGGCGGAGAACAGGUGGUGGAGACGGUUGAUGUUCGGAGAUUAAAUCGUAAUAGUCGAGAACUCCUUGUUAAGAAGGCACUUGCCACCUCUGAACAAGACAAUUAUCGUCUUCUCUCUGCCGUUAAGGAACGACUCGAUAGAGUCGGAAUUGAAGUUCCGAAGGUUGAAGUAAGAUUCCAGAAUCUGAAUAUAACAGCGGAGGUUCAAGUUGGAUCAAGAGCCUUACCUACUCUAAUCAACAGUGCUCGUAAUAACAUUGAGCAAUUGCUAACAUUCUUCAGAAUAUGCCGUCCAAAGAGACAUUCUCUUACCAUCUUGAACAACAUCAAUGGCGUGGUUAAACCAGGGAGGAUGACUCUACUUUUAGGUCCACCUGGUUCUGGAAAGUCCACUCUACUCUUAGCCCUUGCUGGAAAAUUAGACCCCACUUUAAAGAAAAGCGGGGACAUCACGUACAAUGGGCAUAAGCUUAAUGAAUUUUGCGUGCAGAGGACUUCCGCAUACAUAAGCCAAACAGAUAAUCAUAUUGCAGAACUAACUGUCCGGGAAACACUGGAUAUUGCUGCUAGAUUUCAGGGUGCAAGUAAAGGAUUUGCAGGAUACAUGAAUGAUCUAACCCGUUUAGAGAAAGAAAGGAACAUACGUCCUAGUCCAGAAAUUGAUGCUUUCAUGAAGGCAUCUUCUGUUGGUGGCAAAAGGCAUAGUGUAUCAACUGAAUAUAUCCUGAAAGUUCUUGGUUUGGAUAUAUGCUCAGACACCCUUGUGGGUAGUGAUAUGGUAAGGGGUGUUUCAGGUGGACAGAAGAAGAGAGUCACUACAGGAGAAAUGAUAGUUGGGCCAAGAAAAACCCUUUUCAUGGAUGAGAUAUCCACUGGACUUGAUAGUUCUACUACCUAUCAAAUUGUCAAAUGCUUGGGGAACUUUGUACACCAAAUGGAGGCUACAAUACUCUUGGCUCUUCUUCAGCCGGCUCCAGAGACAUUUGAUUUGUUUGAUGACCUUAUAUUGUUAUCUGAGGGAUAUCUAGUGUAUCAAGGUCCCCGAGAAAAAGUACUGGAGUUCUUUGAAUCUCUAGGAUUCCAAUUGCCUGAUCGUAAAGGAGUUGCAGAUUUUCUUCAAGAGGUCACCUCUAGAAAAGAUCAACAACAAUACUGGGCUGAUUCUUCCAAACAAUAUGUGUAUCUCCCUGUUUCAACUAUUGCGGAAGCAUUUAGAAGUUCUAUAUAUGGGAAGUCGUUGGAAGCUUCACUUUCUGUUCAAUAUGAUAAAUCCAAGAACCAUUUUUCAGCGUUGGCCAAGUCAAAUUCUUCUGUUUCAUUGUCAGAACUUUUCAAAACAUGCUUUUUCAGAGAGUUAGUGCUGAUUAGCAGGCACCGGUUUCUGUACAUUUUCCGUACUUGUCAGGUAGCAUUUGUAGGAUUUGUAGCAUCCACGGUAUUUCUAAGAACACGACUACAUCCCACAGAUGAGAAUAGUGGUGCCUUAUAUCUUUCUUGUCUUUUCUAUGGUCUCAUACACAUGAUGUUCAAUGGAUUUAGUGAGCUGCCUCUGAUGAUAUUCAGACUUCCAGUUUUCUAUAAACAAAGAGACAAUUUCUUCUACCCUGCAUGGGCCUGGUCUUUAUCUAGUUGGAUCCUUCGUAUACCUUACUCUCUUGUUGAAUCGGUGGUGUGGUCAUGUAUUGUAUACUAUAGUGUUGGUUUUGCCCCUUCUGCUGGAAGGUUUUUCCGGUAUAUGUUGACACUGUUUUCAAUCCAUCAAAUGGCACUAGGUCUUUUCCGAAUGAUGGCUUCUCUUGCACGAGACAUGAUCAUUGCCAAUACAUAUGGAUCAGUUUCAUUAUUAGUUGUAUUCUUGUUGGGUGGAUUCAUCAUUCCAAAAUCAAUGAUACAGCCCUGGUGGAUUUGGGCUUUUUGGUUGUCACCGCUAUCCUAUGGGCAACGAGCCCUUUCAGUGAAUGAGUUUACUGCUACAAGAUGGAUGAAGAAAUCAACUCUUGGAACAGGCACUGUGGGUUACAAUGUUCUCCAAUCACAUGGUCUACCAAUCGAGGAUGACUGGGCCUGGUUUGGGGUGUUUGUUUUGUUGCUGUAUGGUGUUCUUUUCAAUAUAUUUGUCACUUUGGCCUUGGCGUACCUCAAUCCUAUCAGAAAACCUCAGACCAUGAUUCCAUCUGAUAAUGAUGACAUGAAAUCAGGGGUUACCGACCAACAUACUGCAUCAACUACAUCUGAUAGGAAGAGGGGAAUGAUUCUUCCAUUUCAACCCUUAACCAUGACUUUCCAUAAUGUCAAUUACUUUGUUGAUAUGCCAAAGGCAAUGGCUGCACAAGGUAUACCAGAAAAGAGGUUACAACUUUUGUCGAAUGUCAGUGGAGUAUUUUCCCCAGGAGUUCUAACUGCACUAGUUGGGUCAAGUGGAGCUGGUAAGACCACCUUGAUGGAUGUUCUUGCUGGGAGGAAAACUGGUGGAUACAUUGAAGGGGAUAUUAGAAUCUCAGGUUACCCAAAAGAACAAAGAACUUUUGCUAGAAUUUCUGGAUAUGUUGAACAGAACGAUAUACAUUCUCCCCAAGUUACAGUUUACGAGUCUUUAUUGUUCUCUUCCAAUCUACGUCUUCCAAAAGAAGUGGAUGGCAAAAAGAAGCAUGAAUUUGUUGAAGAGGUGAUGCGGCUGGUAGAGCUUGACCCGUUGAGGGAUGCUUUGGUAGGUUUGCCAGGUACCAGCGGCUUAUCCACAGAGCAGCGGAAAAGAUUGACUAUUGCAGUAGAGCUUGUAGCAAAUCCUUCUAUAGUUUUUAUGGAUGAACCUACCUCGGGUCUAGAUGCAAGAGCUGCAGCUAUUGUAAUGAGGACAGUUCGUAACACUGUUGACACUGGAAGAACAGUAGUUUGCACAAUACAUCAGCCAAGUAUCGAUAUAUUUGAGGCAUUUGAUGAGCUGCUACUGAUGAAACGAGGGGGACGAGUUAUUUAUGGGGGAAAGCUUGGUCAGAAGUCAAAUAUUAUGAUAAACUAUUUUCAGGCAAUUGAUAGAAUUCCUCCUAUUCCAAAUGGUUACAACCCAGCUACAUGGAUGCUUGAGAUUAGUACACCAGCUGCUGAAGAAAGAAUCGGUAGAGACUUUGCAGAUAUAUACCAAAGUUCUCAACAGUUCAGGGAUGUUGAAGCUUCCAUUGAGCGUAUGAUUGUCCCGCCUUCUGGUUCAGAACCACUAAAAUUUGAUACGAUGUUUUCUCAGAGCUCUUGGUCUCAGCUCAGACUCUGCCUGUGGAAGCAAAACCUUGUUUAUUGGAGAAGUCCACCCUAUAAUCUUGUGAGGCUUUUCUUCACUAUCAUUUGUGCACUUGCACUUGGAUCAAUAUUUUGGAAAGUUGGUUCUAAGAGGAACUCAACUAAAACCUUAAGGGUCAUACUAGGGGCUCUUUAUUCAUCAUGCAUGUUUCUUGGGGUAAAUAAUGCCUCUUCAGUACAACCUAUAGUUUCCAUUGAAAGAACUGUUUUCUACCGAGAGAGAGCAGCUGGAAUGUAUUCACCAUUUCCUUAUGCUGCAGCCCAGGGACUUGUUGAGAUACCAUACAUUGCUGUGCAGACCAUAGUUUACUCUGUAAUUACAUACCUGAUGAUAGACUUUGAGAGGACUCUUGGAAAAUUUGUUCUGUAUGCAAUCUUCAUGUUCCUGACGUUCACCUACUUCACGACGUAUGGGAUGAUGGCGGUUGGUCUUACUCCUACACAACAUUUAGCAGCAGUGAUAUCUUCAGCGAAUUACUCGUUAUGGAAUCUUCUGUCGGGAUUUUUAAUUCCAAAACCAAAAAUCCCAGGGUGGUGGAUCUGGUUCUACUACAUCAGCCCAAUCCAGUGGACUCUUCGUGGAAUAGUUACAUCUCAGCUUUGGGAUGUGGAGACAAUGAUCGACGAGCCAUUGUACAAGGGUACAGUGCAGGGUUUCAUAAGGGAAUCGUUUGGAUACGAAGAUGGGGACACUGGUCUAUCGAUUGCCGUCCUAAUAUGUUUUAGCGUUGUAUUCUUUAGUGUUUUUGCAGCUUCUAUCAAAUUCAUCAACUUCCAGAAGAGGUAGUAGCAGUAGUAGAAGAUUAUUUAUGAUGACUGCUGAUCUGGAAACUUGGUACGUGAAAUGAUAUUUCACUACCCCUCUGCUACUUAAUUACUCUUCAGGCUUGCUUAGACUUUCUUCUUCUAUUAUGUUCCUGAAUAGAUCCAUCUAUCUAUCUAUUUAUGUUUUAACAUUCUUUUGUAGUAGCAGCAGCACCAGCUCCAUCUAUCUCAAACCAGAACUUUUAUAUUAUUUUGAAUUAAAUGCUUCA